ACUAUCGCUUCUCGCCUAGAACUUGCAUCCCUGAACUGUUCUACAAUAUAGAUCUCAUGGAUGAGAUGGCUGCACGAACAUGGUUGUGGUUGCUACUGUCCCCUCUCAUCCUCCUACUGCUGCACUAUGCUCUGGCCCUGCUAACUGCACGCCGAGCGAGGAAGAACCCCUUGCCACCUUCACCUCCAGCCUUGCCAUUCAUCGGGCACCUCCACCUCAUCGGCGCCCUCCCUCACGUCUCCCUCUGCUGCCUCGCCACGAAGCAUGCGCCCGACCUCAUGUUCCUCCGACUUGGCACGUCGUUGCCGGUGCUCGUCGCUUCCUCGCCCUGUGCCGCCGAGGCCAUCCUGCGCACGCAUGACGACGUGUUCGCGUCGCGGCCACGCACCGUUCUAGCGGAUAUCAUCUUCUACGGCUCGCGCGACAUUGGCUUCGCACCGUAUGGCGAGGAUUGGCGGCAGGCAAGGAAGCUUGUGAACACGCACCUGCUGAGUGUCAACAAGGUGCAGUCGCUAUGGCUUGCCCGUGAGGAGGAGGUGAAAAUUGUGAUGGAGAAGAUAAGCAAAGCGGCAUUCGCACGUGAAGCAGUGGAUAUAGGCCAGAUUCUUUGCUCAUUCACAAACGAUCUCGCAUGCCGUGUUGUGUCAAGGAAGUUAGUCGGGGAUGACAGGCAGAAAAAGCUCCUCCAAGAGUUGGUUAAUAAGACAAUAAAGCUGCUUUCUAUCUUCAACGUGGAGGAGUACUUUUCAAUUUUAGCUCGGAUUGGCGUGAUUGGGAAGGUGAUGUGCGCAAGAGCUGAGAGGUUGAAAAAGAAGUGGGACAUGCUGCUGAAAAAGCUGAUCGCCGACCAUGAGAGCAAGUGCGAUUCAUACUUAGUAUGUGGCCGUAACAAAGAUGACUUUGUGGACAUUUUACUGUCUGUUAGGAAGGAGUAUGGUCUCACCGAAGAACAUGUCAAAGCUAUUCUUGAGGGUCAUCUUAAGUUUGAUCUUCACCAAAUUAUAAACCAACAGGACGUCUUUAUUGCGGGAACACAGUCGUCUGCUCGGGUGAUCGAAUUCACCUUUGCUGAGCUCAUGCGGAAGCCACACAUGCUCAAGAAGGUGCAGGAUGAGGUGAGGGCUUGCAUUCCCAAUGGACAAGCAAUUGUUAGUGAAGUUCAAGUUAACAACAUGACUUACCUGAGAGCAGUUGUGAAGGAGGUACUAAGGCUGCACCCUGUGGCACCACUCCUUGCGACACACGUCUCCAUGGCUGACUGCAACAUCAAUGGGUAUAUGAUCCCUUCAGGGAUGCGUGUCUUGGUCAACGCCUGGGCCAUUGGUAGGGACGAACGCUUCUGGUAUGAUCCAGAGAAGUUCAUGCCAGAAAGGUUUGUUGAAAGUGUGAAUGGUUCUGCCACUGCGUCAGUCAACUUUUGGGUGAAUAACUAUCAAUACUUGCCAUUUGGUUCUGGAAGGAGAAUGUGCCUCGGGAUGAACUUUGCCAUGGCAGUUAUCGAGAUCACACUAGCGAACCUUCUCUGGAAAUUUGAUUGGGCGCUGCCUGCACAUGCAAUGGAGGUUGAUAUGUCAGAAGAGUUUGGGUUGUCGGUGCGUCUGAAAGAAAAGCUAUUGUUGGUUCCAAAGCAACAUGUGUAGCUGCUAGCAAGUACUCGAAGGAAUUGAAUUGUCCAACUUUAAUGUGAGAAAGUCUACCAUGACCUAUGGGGGUCUACACUAAUGUUAACCUCUGGACAAAGUCAUUAUACACCGUUUCUCUAUGCUUCAACCCUUGGAGGAUCCAAUUCUUAUCACAAAAUAUGUGUGUAACAAGUAAUAAUUUUUGCAUGGUUGUCGAUGCUUAAUCUGUUUGUUUGUUUACUUUGUGUAUGCAGUGGUGUAUGAUCAGUUUGGUUAACUGCCUAGCCAUUUGUAAUAAUUAAUGUUUCAGCUAAUACCUUCAUAUAUUUUAGAAUAUUGAUUGGUGACAUAAUAAACUUGAUAUACUAGUCA